UUAAUCACUAUCUAGCAAGACCUCAGUCUUCGGAUUUCUUUUCUACUGUGGUAGCAGAAUCGCUGACACAACAUAGAGAAUUUAAGUAUUAACUUCUAAGGCAAAUAGUGACUAGUUGGCAAGGUGUAGCAUACACACCAUCUGAAAGUUUGUGUCGACGAGGUAGUAGACUGGCACAGACAUGACCAUAAGCGGAAACCGGGGUUUCUUUUUCUUUCUCCUCUUCUGCAUCUACUCCGGCGUCGUCUUGAUUCGGGGAGACUACCCAUUCCGAAAUGUCUCGCUUCCGUGGGAAGCAAGGGUAGACAACUUGGUGUCCUUGCUGACACUAGAUGAGAUCCAGCAGCAGAUGGCGUUUGGAGGACACGGAUCUCAGGUCAGCCCCGCCCCGGCCAUCCCCCGACUCGGGGUGGGGCCGUACUCGUGGAACACGGAGUGUCUGGAUGGAGAUGUGGAUGCGGGGCCAGCCACUUCCUUCCCACAGGCUCUUGGACUGGCAGCUACUUUUAGCCCCGACCUAGUGGAGCGAGUAGCACGUGCCACAGGGCUAGAGGUCAGGGCCAAAUACAACAACUACACCCAACACGGACUGUACGGCGACCACCGCGGCCUCAGCUGCUUCUCCCCAGUCAUCAACAUCAUGAGGGACCCCAGGUGGGGCCGCAACCAGGAAACAUACGGCGAGGAUCCAAUACUAAGCGGUAUCCUAGCAACAAGCUUUGUGCAUGGUCUCCAAGGCAACGACACCCGUUAUGUUCUGGCCAACGCUGGCUGCAAGCAUUUCGACGUCCAUGGAGGUCCCGAGAACAUUCCUGUUGGAAGAGACUCUUUUGACGCCCAGGUGUCAGACAGAGACUGGAGGUCCACGUUUCUACCCGCCUUUAAAGCCUGUGUAGAGGCCGGCACUUACAGUCUCAUGUGCAGCUACAACAGCAUCAACGGUGUGCCGGCCUGUGCCAAUGGAGUGUUACUAACGGACAUUCUGCGCACGGAGUGGGGCUUCACGGGCUACGUGGUCAGCGAUGAGAACGCCUUGGAGCAGAUCAUCACCGGCCAUCACUACGUCAACGACAACGUCACGGCCGCUGCCGUUGCUAUAGAGGCCGGCGUUAGUCUGGAAGUGUCCUCGCAGAACACCCACAAUAUUUUUACCAAUAUCGUUGCUGCUGUUAAAGCUGGGGAAAUCAGCGAGGACACAGUUCGAUCUAGAGUAAAGCCUUUAUUCUACACACGCAUGCGCCUGGGAGAGUUUGACCCGCCGGACAUGAACCCCUACACACAGGUGAACGUGUCCCUCGUCCAGAGUCCGGCACAUCGCGACCUGGCACUGGAGGCAGCAGUCAAGAGCUUGGUGCUGCUCAAGAACCAAAAUGGGUUUCUACCCCUAAAGCAGAGAUUCAAUCGAAUAGCCGUCGUGGGGCCCAUGUCCAAUAGCCCCGCCGUUCUGUAUGGCGACUACAGCCCCACCAUCGACGAGGACUUGACCGUGACCCCGUUUGGCGGCCUGCUUCAACUCAGUGACGUGACCGUGUCGGAGGACGGAUGUACUGACCCUCGGUGUACUAUCUACGAGCCGGCAAAUGUCAUCGACGUGGUGAAAAGUUCUGAACUUACGUUUGUCUGUCUGGGCACAAGCAACAUGAUUGAGAGUGAGGGUAAUGACCGUGCGGACUUGGAGUUGCCAGGGAAACAGCUCCAGCUGCUGCAGGAUGCUGUCACUGCUGCUGACGGGAAACCAGUGGUGCUGCUCCUGUUUAAUGCUGGUCCUCUCAACAUCACCUGGGCCGUCCAAAGCCCAGGCGUCGUCGCCAUUUUGGAAUGCUUCUUUCCUGCUCAGAGCGCAGGAACAGCGAUCUUCAUGGCACUGACCAACUAUGGUGGAGUGAGCUCUCCUGCUGGUCGCCUGCCGGCAACUUGGCCACUUCUGGCGUCCCAGAUUCCAGAAAUGGUGAACUACUCCAUGGUUGGCAGAACCUACCGAUAUUUUGAAGGCCUGACUCUGUAUCCUUUCGGCUACGGUCUGUCUUACACGACCUUCACCUACAGUGAGCUCAGGACACCAGACACCUUGACCCCUGGUGAAGAUCUCGUUCUCCAAGUAACGGUCACCAACACAGGAGAGGUGACGGCAGACGAGGUGACACAGGUGUAUGUUCAGUGGAUCAAUUCCUCAGUACCCACCCCUCGUCUUCAGCUGGUGGCCUUUAACCGCACCACCCUGUACCCCUCCCAACCCCAGACUCUGACAUUUACCGUGAAAGCUAGUUAUCUGGAAGUAUACACAGAUAACGGAUGGGAGUUUGAACCAGGACUGCUACUCGUCUAUGUGGGAGGACAGCAGCCAUAUCAAGAGCCCUCCGUGGGAUCGAACGUCCUGGAUGCCGUCAUUGUGAUGAAGACUGGGAGGUAACGCCGUGUCACAUCCGUCCUCCCCCGCACUCUCGCCUCCAUCGAAAAAGAUCUUGUAUUCUGCAUUUCUGGAAAUUAUAGCUGUUUUCAAAUAAAUCCAAGUUUUAAGUUUG